CAAGAAUUCUUGUUGAUUUCACGCCAUUUGAUCCAUUUCUUCUCCAAGCUCUUCUCUUUCUGCAACUCCGUCCUCCGGGUGUGGGCCCGGGAGGGCACGACGAUCAGGAAACGCAGACGUCGUUAAUGCAGACACCGCCGAGGGAGGCGGGCCCGGGCGGUCUGGAACGACGACUGAUAGAAGAAAUAAUAACAGAGAACGACCGUCCGGGCCCGCCUCCGUUGGACGAAUCUUCGAUCCUUGCAAUACCCACUUUGAGAGUCACGGACUCUCAUCUGGCAAACGGGGCAGCGAGGAGUUGCCCCGUUUGCAUGGAAGAGUUUGAGGUGGGAGGGGAAGCGAGGGUCUUGCCCUCCUGCAAGCAUAUUUAUCACAGCGAUUGCAUUGUUCCGUGGCUGAGGCUCCACGAUUCUUGUCCCGUUUGCCGACAGGAGGUGAGUAUCGGGAUCGGUGGUGGUGGUGGUGGCGUGGAGGAGGAGAGGAGGAGGAGGAGGCCAAGAUGGAGGGAGCUUGGAGGUUGUUUGUGGCCUUUCCAAGCAAGACAUAGAAGAGUUAACCCACAUGGUGACUUUGAUCAUCCCAAUAUUGAAACUUCUGCUCCAGAAGCAACAAGGACACAAGGGUGUCACUGCACUAUCCUUUAGCAGUCGGAUGAAGGAGUUACCCUCCUAACAUAGAAGAGACUGUAUCCUUUAGCAGUCGCAUGAUGAAGGAGUUAAACUCCUACUAAAGAAGAGACUCUAACAAAGAAUAAAACAAAGCUUCGUAUAAACCAUUGAUUAUGCUAAACAUUCCUAUGUAAUGUUUAUCUCUAGCUUUCCUUACUAAAAGACCUAAUAUAUUCGAAUGUUAACUUUUAAACAUUUGAAUGUUUCGCGACAAGAGGUGGCAGUUCACGCAUAAAGUCACUUAAACGAU